AUGUCCGCUUAUACGAGCAUACCUCGGAAGCUUUGGGAGCAUCCUAAUCCCGAGGCCACCGCCAUGGCCGAGUUCAAGCGAACUCUUGAAAAGACCAAGGGUGUUAAAUUGCCCGAUUACAACUCCCUAUACGAGUGGUCGAUCAAAAAUCGGGCUUCCUUUUGGGAUUUCUGCUGGAAAUACUUCCCAAUUAUACACGAGGGAACCUACGACCAAGUUGUCGACGAGACCGCUCGCAUCGAUAGUAUUCCCGACUGGUUCGCUGGUGUGCGUCUCAAUUAUGCGGAAAAUGUCCUCUUCACUGCGAGUCAACCGGGAAACCCUGCUUCAACCAUUACGACUGUUGGUAAAGAAGAUGAUAUGAUUGCCGCAACCGAGGUUCGUGAAGGCGCCGCGGAGCCCGCCGUGGACCUCACUUGGCGGGAAUUGAGACAGCGCACUGGUCGUAUGAUUCAAGCCUUGAAGACGGCUGGUUUAACAAAGGGAGAUCGUGUUGGUGUAGUUGCUAGUAAUAGCAUUGACACUUUGAUCAUCUUCCUGGCAGUUACUGCCCUCGGGGCUAUCGUUUCCACCACAUCUACCGAUACAGGUGUCAAGGGUAUCUUGGACCGACUGCUACAAAUCCAGCCAAAAUGGGUGUUUUUCGAUGAUACAACUGUGUAUAAUGGCAAGACUUUGGACCUCCGACCGAAAAUCAAGCAAGUUGUCGAGGGGUUAUCAGCGGUCUCGGAGUUCCAGGGAGUCAUCUCGGUGCCCAGGUUCAGAGGCAAGCCAGCGGAUAUCAACGCAAUUCCUCGGGUGCAAAACCUAGACAAAUUUCUCUCAGGGGCAAAGUCCGAUCAGUUGGAAUUUGUCCGAGUCAGAUUCCGUGAUCCUUUCCUUAUUGUUUAUUCUUCUGGAACAACCGGAGAACCGAAAUGCAUUGUUCACUCCGUGGGAGGAGUGAUAUUGAACACGAACAAAGAGGGGCGAUUGAACCGAAACAUGAACUCGAAUGCGACAGUUCUUCAAUACACGACAACUGGUUGGAUCAUGUACAUGUCCUGCGUUUCAGGACUUAUCUUCGGCGCUCGGCCAAUUCUCUACGAUGGCAGUCCAUUUCUGCCCGAUGUGACAAUAUUGGUCAAGUUACUUGAGAAAUACAAAGUAACACACUUCGGAACUUCCCCUCGAUGGAUGCACGAACUACGCAAAAAUGGAAUUAGUCCACGUAAGAUUGCAGAUCUCAGCAACCUUCGUGGCGUGACAAGUACCGGUAUGGUUCUUUCCGAAUCAUUAUUUGAAUGGUUCUAUGAUGAAGGGUUUCCCUCGCAUACCCAGAUUGCGAAUAUCUCUGGGGGUACAGAUCUUGCGGCCUGCUUUGGCAUGGAAAACCCAAUCACCCCUGUUUACUCUGGAGGAUGCCAGGGACCUAGUCUUGGGAUUCCCAUCGCUGCCUUUGAACAGGUGGAUGAGGGUGUCACUCAGGUCAAAGGAACUGAAGCGCCCAAUGGGGAGCCUGGAGAAAUUGUCGCAACGGCAGCAUUUCCCAGUAUGCCGGUUAAGUUCUGGGGCGAUGAAGGGGGGAAGAAGUACUUCAAUGCCUAUUUCGCACGCUUUGAUAAUGUCUGGACACAUGGCGACUUUAUUGCUAUCAAUCCAUCGACAAACCAAGUGCUUUUCCUGGGUCGAUCUGACGGCGUUUUGAACCCGUCCGGAGUUAGAUUCGGAUCUGCGGAAAUCUACAACGUAAUCGAAACACAAUUCCCGGAGGAGAUUGUGGAUUCCGUCUGCGUCGGACAGCGUAGACCACAGGAUAGUGACGAAUCCGUCCUUUUAUUCCUCCAAAUGCGACCGCCGUUCAAGGCGGAUCAAGCAUUGAUAACUCGCAUCAAGGAAGCUAUCCGCAAAGCUUUAAGCGCUCGACACGUGCCAAAGUUCAUUUUCGAAACCCCUGCUAUUCCGGUAACGGUCAAUCUGAAGAAGGUCGAAUUACCCGUCAAGCAGAUUGUUUCCGGCAAGAAGAUCAAGCCAUCUGGAACGUUGCUUAAUCCGGAGAGUCUCGACUUUUAUUACCAAUUUGCAGAGAUAGAGAAACUGGCUGAUCGCAAGGCCAAGCUAUAA